CUUUCCAUUCUAAUCCCUCAUUUUGCUCCUCUCAUUCUAUUUCGAUACAAACACAGGACUCUCUCUCUCUCUUUCUCGUCUCAAAUUUUGCGGAUUUUUUACCUUGGCAUGCAUUUAUUCCCUUCGCUGAUAAAUUGCUUGUCCCAAUUCCAAGCAAAUCUUUGCAAUGUGACCUCUCUCUCUAGGAUUGAUUGUUGUUUAGAAAUUAGGGGAACUUUGAGGAGAAGAAUGGGUCUGGCUUUUAUUCCCUCUGCCGAUAAAUUGCUUGACCCAAUUCGAAGCAAAUCUUUUGCAAUGUGACUUCUUCUCUCUCUAGGAUUGAUUGUUGCCCCAAUCAUUGAGGGGCACUUUGAGGAGAAGAAUGGGGUCUCCUCAGAACCCUGAUUGGGUUUUUGAGGGGUUAAUAGUCGAAGGUGCUUUUCAAGGAACUCUGGUCUAGAAUCCUCAGGGCUUGAAUGGGGUGCCUGGUACGGGAUUAUUAAUAAGCUCCAUACCCACGUGCCAAUCUCUCUGUCAACCCGUAACUGUGGAACUGUAGCCAUCAGAGCUGAUCAUAAGAAAUGAAACACAUUGCUAUGAUGAUAUCACGAGCUUUUAACCGCUUUCCUCAUCAACCCUGUCUUUCGUGGUCUCUGAGAAGCAUCAAUACAAGCUGCAAUGUUGGUGAUAUCCCACAUGAGAAUGGCAGCGAUGGUUCAUUUGAGACGGCAGAUGAGUUUGAGCGUCGGAUAUUUAGUGGAAUUGAUGAUAAUAAUCCAAGGACUGAUUCCAUCUUUGCAAAGUUUGACAGACUUGAGAAUGCCCGUGGAAGAGGUGGUUUUGGCUCUGUGAGAAAAGGUGGGGACAAUCAAGGAUUUGAUGAGGGCUUAGAUGGAAUGGAUGCCUUCAAUACUUUGUCGGAUGGAAUGGAUGGGAAGUUGAAGGAAGCUGCUAUGUCGUAUCCAUAUACUGAUGAGAUUAGUCAUGAAGAUUAUUCUUUCAGACCAGAUGUUAGGUUCGUUCGUGGUAUGACAUAUACUACUAAGGAUCUCGAUCUCACAAAGCCUGCAGCACCUAGAAGUCCCCCGAGGGCAGAAUUUGAGGUAACAACAAAAGAAGUUCUGAAGAAAGCUGAUUUCCGGAAUGUCAGAUUCCUUGCCAAAUUCCUUACAGAAGCUGGAAUCAUCAUUCAAAGGAGCAAGACAAAAAUUAGCGCAAAGGCGCAGAGGAGGGUUGCUCGUGAAAUCAAGACCGCUCGUGCUUUUGGUUUAAUGCCUUUUACGACGAUGGGAAAGAAGCCCUUUGUUUUUGGGAAGACAAUGGAAGAUCUCGACGAGGACUAUGAAUAUGACUUCCAUGAUUCUGAGGUUGCUGCUAGUAUGGAUAUGAAGGAGGAAGACAUUUAGGUAAAAGAGAUUUUUGUGCUCUAAUGCUUUAGUUGAUUGUUUUUUGUUUUUUUUUUUUUCUUUGAAGUUUUUGUAUCAAUCGGAUUUUCUUGAUUCCUUCUCUAGAACUUUGCAUCAAUAUAUGGUUUAUCAUGUCAUCACAAUGUUUAAGCUUGAAUAAUGCCAAAACCAGAAAUUUUAAGUAAACA